UCGUACCAAAGUCGCUCUCUCCGCAUCAGUCGUCAUCGUCGCCCGUCAGUGAGAAGAUCGGAGGCGAGCAAACAAGCCGCGAUUUGUGUUGCAGUUGUAGGGCCAGAAAAAAAGCAUAAACAAAAAGUGCAUUAUUUUGGUGGAAGCCGUCUAGGAAGUGUUUACACCGAUUGUGUUCCCUAGGAAAAAGCAAGAGGAAUCAAAAUGCAGUCUCAUAGCAAGAAACGCGUUUGCUAUUAUUACGACAGUGACAUCGGCAACUACUACUAUGGCCAGGGACAUCCGAUGAAGCCCCACCGUAUACGGAUGACACACAACCUGCUGCUCAACUAUGGCCUCUAUCGAAAGAUGGAGAUCUAUAGGCCUCACAAAGCCACUGCCGACGAGAUGACCAAAUUCCAUUCGGAUGACUAUAUCCGCUUCCUGCGGUCGAUCCGUCCCGACAACAUGUCCGAGUACAACAAGCAGAUGCAGAGAUUUAACGUCGGUGAGGAUUGUCCGGUGUUCGACGGGUUGUACGAGUUCUGUCAGCUGUCGGCCGGUGGAUCGGUGGCCGCUGCCGUCAAGCUGAACAAGCAGGCGUCGGAAAUCUGCAUCAACUGGGGCGGAGGUUUGCAUCACGCGAAGAAGUCGGAAGCGUCCGGAUUCUGCUACGUGAACGACAUCGUGCUGGGCAUUUUGGAACUGCUGAAGUACCAUCAACGGGUGCUGUACAUCGAUAUCGAUGUGCACCAUGGGGACGGUGUGGAGGAGGCCUUCUACACGACGGAUCGGGUGAUGACGGUGAGCUUCCACAAGUACGGAGAGUACUUCCCGGGAACGGGCGAUCUGCGGGAUAUUGGAGCUGGCAGGGGAAAAUACUACGCCGUGAAUAUUCCGUUGCGGGACGGAAUGGACGACGAAUCGUACGAGUCGAUCUUUGUGCCGAUUAUUUCGAAGGUGAUGGAGACCUUCCAACCGUCGGCAGUGGUGCUACAGUGCGGUGCCGAUUCCCUAACGGGAGAUCGUCUCGGCUGUUUCAACCUGACGGUCAAAGGUCACGGCAAAUGUGUGGAAUUCGUUAAAAAGUACAAUCUUCCCUUCCUGAUGGUGGGUGGCGGUGGCUACACAAUCCGUAACGUCUCCCGCUGCUGGACGUACGAAACCUCUGUUGCGCUGGGUUGCGAGAUUGCCAACGAGUUACCGUACAACGAUUACUUUGAGUACUUUGGACCGGACUUCAAGCUGCACAUCAGCCCCAGCAACAUGAGCAACCAGAACACAACGGAGUACUUGGAGAAGAUCAAGAACCGGUUAUUCGAGAAUCUACGCAUGUUGCCACACGCACCUGGAGUUCAGGUACAGGCCAUCCCCGAGGAUGCAGUCAACGAGGAAAGCGACGACGAAGACAAAGUCGACAAAGACGAGCGGUUGCCACAGGCCGACAAGGACAAGCGGAUAGUACCGGACAAUGAGUUCUCCGACUCGGAAGACGAAGGCGAGGGCGGCCGAAGAGACAACCGGUCGUACAAGGGUGGCGCUCGGAAACGACCACGACUGGACAAGGAUGCCAAAUCGGAGGACAUGAAGGACGAUGCCGAAGUGAAAGCCGAAGCGACGGGUGAUAAAGAGGACGCGAAAACCGGCGGCGAGGAAUCGUCCAAGAAGGAAACGACCGCUGUUGCAUGAUCGGCGCUGGCCGCGUACCGGAAAUAGCCCGCCACUAGCAUCUUGAAACAGUGAAUUUUCCGAGCGCCUCCACACUCACCAUACAUGCAUGAAACACGAACUAACCAUAAUCACAAAACCACAGACGGGGAGCACAUCUCAUCCGGUGUUAGUCUGUGAGGGCAAGUUUACGUUUAUCACUUCUUAGACAAAGCGCUAGUUUUAAACUGUAGUAGAGUUUAAAAUUCUUUUCUGUUUCUUUUAACUACUGUAACGAAAGUAAGAUACGCUCUUAUUGAAAUGACCAUAUAUUUCUAUUCAAACUGAUAAAUUAUUUAGCAGAAAUGAUUAUAAGAAGACAAACGUAACAAAAAUGAUCGUCAGAGUUCCUGUCGUCGUGUUCGAACCAGGAACAAUCGAAAACCGAUUAACACACCUAGUUAGGAUUCAAAUUUGCUUAAACAACAAUAAAAUAGUGAUCUUUUGGGUUCCAAGAGAGAUAUUUUUAGCAGGUCGACCCACAUUUGGCUAUGAAUCAAUACAAUCAAUACUGAAAAACAUGUCAAGUAUAACUUUUCAGCGGGAUAUUGCCUAACAAGGGAAGUGAUGGAGCAACAUAGUGAUCCAAAAAUAAAGCCCUUACACGCGGUGUCAUACAGCAAGUAUCUAAUAUACUGGAAAUGGUGUUCAGCAGUAUGAAGAGAUCUCGAAACCUGACUUCUCGCUCAAUCCCUAACUUUUUGGUGAUUGUAAAAUAAUACAGCGCUUCGAUGGCAGGUUUGUAAACAGCUUAACGUUUAACCGAUCGACAAUACGUCUUCAAAUGUCUGGUAAUCUUCCAGAGUGACAAUUCAGGUUUUGUAAUCAAAUUUAACCUAAAACCGUUUCAAAACCCAAUUUGAACUAUGAUGCACAUGACUUACAGCAGAAGUAAAUCGAAAAAGUAAAAAUCCUUAGACGUCCAACUGAAAAGUUAUCUUUGGCAUCAGACCUGAUAUUAAAAUUGCAAACACUAACCACGAUACAAAUUAAACAUGAUCUCAGGAACGUAAACCCACACGUUUUGGAAGCAAACGCAUCUUCGGUUUCUCCUUCUGAUUACCCAUGCUCCGAUAGGUGUUUUUCAUAUUAGCUACUAAGUUGUAAGAUUCCACAGAGAGAGAUUAAUUUAUUUUCGAUUCAUUCAACAACACCCAUCUCCCCUCAUUGUGCAAACAUUUGUAAGAUCUUGUUUUCUGAUUAGGUCGUCAGUAAUAUGAGAACUCUCUCUCGCAUUAGGUGGUUUGUCGUUCGAGGAAUGGCAAAUCGUGUUAGAUUGUUAGGUAUAUAUUGGAAACAAUCUUGAAAUUCACACAACAAUAGAUGAAUGAGAAGACAUGUGUAGAAUAACUAAAGCUAAGAAACAUAAUGGAAUGAACACUAUACGAUGUGAUCUUAUCCAGCAUUGAUUUGCACGACAGGUUACUGAAAGUGAAUAUUAAAUCCAAAUCUAAGAUUUAGACGGCGAUGAUGGUGAUGAUGAUGAGAUGAGAAUUAACCAAUUAAUUGAAAAACGAAUUUGGUGUUGUUGCAUUCAAUUCCAACUAGAAAAUUUGUAUGAUUCGACAGUGAAGUCGUCUUCAGCAACCGAAGACGGCAUUACAGUUGAGUUUCAAAUAAUACCUGACAAAAGAUACACCUUUUCUAGUUGGAAUCACAUGAUACAGUGCUAAAUUCGGGUUUUCACUUACAAAUAUUGUAUUUUACUGAUAAGCUACUAACAAUUUAUCAUUAAAUAAUUGUCUGCCAAAUCGGAGCGGUUUGGCAGACAUUAAACGGAA